AUGACGGAAUAUGCGUCUCAGGAGAUGCUCGACCAGUGGCUGGGUCAGAUUCCUGCCCGUCGGUUUGCUUCUCCUUAUGAACUGAAGGGGGUUUACCUUUUCUGUGCUUCGGAUGCGUCGAGUUAUAUGACAGGUUCGAACCUGGUGGUUGAUGGUGGAUUUACUCAGCCAUAA